UGACCUGGCUGGUCUCUUGGCUUCCUCUCUUUGUCCAACGUAGAAGAGAGACAAUGGAACCCCUCUACCAGGCAGGGUCCAUUCUUAUGACGGUGAAUACCUUACAGGGGAAGAAAAUGGUAGAGAGUGGCCUCCAGUCUGGAGACUUUUCCCUGUCCCAGUCAUGGCCCUCCUGCCUCCCGCCACCUGCCGACUUGGAGAUCCUGCAGCAGAAGGUGGCCGGGGUGCAACGGGAGCUGGAAGACUUUAAGAAAGAGACAUUGAAGUCCAUCCAUUACCUUGAAGACUCCUUCUGCGAGAUGAAUGGUGCCCUGGUGCAGCAGGAGGAGCAGGCGGCUCGCGUGAGGCAGCGGCUAAGGGAGGAGGAGGACCGUGGCAUCGUGCGCAACAAGGUUCUCACUUUCCUGCUGCCACGCGAGAAACAGCUCCGGGAGCAUUGCAAGCGGCUGGAGGACCUGCUGCUGGACAGGGGCCGCGACGCCCUGCGUGCCACCAAGAAGAGCCAGGCUGACUGAACCUUGUGGGUAGCACUAGCCAAGCGCCAAGUAGAUGAUUCUUUUUUUUUUUAAAAGGAAGGACAAACCCCAAGUCCCCACCCACUUACUUUCCUUUUCUCAUUUCCAUUGCUUUCCUUCUACCUAAAUAACACCUUCCUGAGAGGCAAAAAGACUUCAAUAUGUUUUUUUGGUGAAAUUCCAUUUAUGCAGCACUCUCAAGGAAGGAGGCACCCCACUACUAAGUCAGGCCCCUGUAACUUUCACUUGAACUGUUUUCCUGUUUGCAAUGGUACUAUUGCUCAAUGUAUACUUUUUUUUUUUUUUUUACAGUUUUUUUUUUAAUUUUUUUUUC